AUGUAUAUUCAUAUGAAUGCAGAUAUAAGCCAAUGUAAUUUUUCAAAUAAUUAUCCAAGAUCAUAUGCUGUUAUUUACAAUUAUAAUGAUUUAGAAUCAACUAUUCAGAAUUGCUUAGUUUUUCAUAAUGGAAUCAAAGACAUAUCACUAAUUUCAAGCCGCAAAUUAAAUCUUCAUCAUACGAAUUUCAUUGAUAACAUUCUCGAUAAUGAUAAAACAUAUAAUUUGGUUUUGGCAUCCUUUGAUAAAAAUCCUUAUUCAGUUUAUUGCCACAACAACAAUAAUUUCGAUGAAAGCAAUCUAAAAUCAGAUUUAACAGUUCAAAAUACUUUGAAAUUUAAAGAUUACUGUUAUAUAAAACCACCUAAGAGCUGGACCCCAUUAAUUCUCUCAUUGACAGGUGUUAUAAUCAUAUUGUUAAUAAUAUCAAUUAUUUUUGGCGUCUACUUGCAUAAGCGCUACCGUAAGAUCGAAAAUCGUCAUGAACUUGAACGUAGUUUACAAGACGACUUUGGAUAA